UGGAAGAAGAGGGCGCGGCGCUGCUGCGGGACGCCGGCCCGCCACGUCUUGUGCUGCGGCACACACAACGAGUGGUGGCCCGCACGUCAGCGACUGCGGAAAUAAAGAGUCCGGAACUCUUAUUUUGUUGCGAGAAAAGGAGUUCACAAUUCGCCACGCCACGUCACGUCGCGUUCUCUGACGGCAUGAGGGGCUUCCGCUCCGCUCUCGCUCUCGCUCGCGCGGCGGCGCGGACGCGGGCGGAGCUCCAGGGCACGCGCGGCCGCCGACUGUCCCACUGCGCCGCGGCGCCGGCGAGGCCUUCCUUCGGCAUCGCCUUCGACAUCGACGGGGUCAUCCUGCGCGGCCGUAGCCCUAUCGGGGGCUCGCCGCAGGCCAUCCGACGCCUCUACUCCGACGAUGGUACCCUGAAGAUUCCUUUUCUGUUCUUAACCAAUGGAGGUGGUGUUCCAGAGCAUAAACGAGCCCUAGAAUUAAGUGACCUUUUGGGAGUUAACAUCUCUCCAGCACAGGUUGUGCAUGGCCAUUCUCCUUACAGAGAUCUGGUGAAGCGUUUUGAAGAUGAUCUUAUCGUUGCUGUUGGAAAAGGAGAGCCUGCAUCAGUGAUGGCCGAGUAUGGGUUUAGAAAGGUUCUGUCCAUAGAUGACUAUUCAUCACAUUUUAAGGAAAUUGACCCCCUAGCUCCUUUCAAGAAAUGGAAAGUGGGACAACCAGACUGUAAAGACUUUAUGUCUGAGAAAAUGCAUCCACCAUAUGAUGUUUACCAGGAGAGAGUUAAAGGAGUGUUUGUUGUCAGUGACCCUGUUGAUUGGGGUAGAGAUCUACAGGUACUUUGUGACAUCUUGUCAACUGGUGGACUUCCUGGAAAUGGAAAAGGAGAUCAACCUCCUUUAUAUUUUUCGGCUGAUGAUCUUGAAUAUCAGGCUGCAUUUCCUUCUGAGCGGCUUGGGAUGGGUGCCUUCCGGAUAGCACUCGAAAGCAUCUUCAAUCAAGUUAAUGAUGUUCCACUGAAGUAUACAUCUUAUGGGAAGCCUAAUCCAUUUGUGUUCAAGAAUGCAGCUAAUAUACUAGAAAAAAUUGUUAUGGAUAUGUAUCCAAAUUCACAGCCGAGGAAUGAAGUACAAGACCAUCAGUUCUCUACUAUCUACAUGAUCGGUGAUAAUCCUAAAGUUGAUAUCAAUGGAGUUUUGAAGGCUGGCCCCCCUUGGUCGUCCGUCCUUACUAGGACUGGUGUUUUUAGGGGAAAUGAUAAUGAUCCAAAGUUUCCUGCUGAUUUGGUUGUUGAUACUGUUGACGAUGCUAUCAGCUGUAUUUUGGAAAAGGAAUGUAUACGGUGACAUUGUUGCGAUGGAGCCUGCACAUACUAUAUUCUCAAUGCGUUAUUAUUUGGCAUGCUUGGCAACACAUUUUGCCAUUUUUUGUCUAGCAAAGUUGGAACAAGUGCUGGCUGGAGUCCCGUCUUAAGUCAUUAUACUAUACAGAUAUGCUCUGGAGAGGAAAAGGCACCCAUUAUUUAGUUAGUGCACCCGUCGGUUCAAAAAUUAAAGACCACCAAAUUGUCAUGGUCUUGCAACAUACUAUAAAUCUUCUAGUAUGUAGAAUUUUGUGCAAAAACAUUAGUAUUAUAUUAUGCACUAUAAAGGACAGGCAUGAUAACGUUUCUUUCA